AUGAAUUUAGGCUCAGUGGAGGUAGGAGGAUCUGGUGAAGUCAUCAUUUAUAAAUCCGAGCCGCUAAUCACAGAAGAGACUGAGCACUCAGAGAAGAGCUCUGUAAGCAGCUUUGAACAGACUGAUGAGCUAACUGAUGACAGCAAGUCUUCAACGGAGAUGUCUGAGGAACUCGGUUCAGCGGCACCAGGUCCGACCCUUACUGUGUUUUUAGGCCUUUCUGAGCAGUCUCCAGCAACAAAUAAGAGCAGUACUCCAGAUGCUGUGCCAUAUAAGAGCAAAGGUGCAUCAAUCUCUGAUACACUCAACAUCUUAGACGAGUCUGUUGACUUCCUCAAAAUCCUGCUGGUCACACGCAUUAUGCCCUUGUUCUACAUCAUCAUCAUCCUCAUCAGUUUGCCCCUAAAUGCAUUGGCCUUGGUGACGUUCGCCUGUAGGAUUCAAGAGAAGAAACCAGCAGUGAUCUACAUGGCUCACCUGGCGUGUGUGGACCUGCUCUUCACCCUGCUGCUGCCUCUGAAGAUCCACUACCAGAUGAACGCCUCAGAUUGGGUGUUCGAUGAGGCGGCGUGUCGUGUGCUCACUGCAGCUUACUACUGCUACAUGUACUGCUCCAUACUGCUGAUGAUGUGCAUGAGUGUGGACAGGCUGCUGGCUGUGGUGUUUCCCGUCGCCUUUCUGACCUGGAGGACCACAAGGAAAGCCACAUUCAUAUGCACAUUAGUCUGGCUGCUGGCACUCGCUGGUACAGUCCCGCUUCUCUCAAUGAGACAAACAUUCCGUUUCCAGAAUCUGGGAGUCACCUGCUUUGACUUGUUUGAUGAAAACACUUCAGAGACAUUAUACUUAUCCGUGUUCUUAAUUCUCCCCUGCAUCUUCUACUUCUUGCCACUGGUCGUCAUCUUAGUGAGCUACUCUACUAUCAUUUAUGUGCUCUGUGCUAAACGUGAUCACUCAGUAACUUCAUCAUCUUCCUCAGACAACCGAAGGAGGGCUGCGAUUAUGGUCACUGCUGUGCUGACUGAGUUUGUGGUGUGCUUUGCACCAUCUAAUGGCAUCCUGUUGUACCACUGUGUUCAUUUAGCCAUGGGAAGCGAUGGGUCGGACACCUACUCGUCAUACCUGAUGGCUGUGUGUUUGGGAAGCUCAAGUGUUUUUCUGGACCCUCUGCUGUACUGUUAUGUAUCAUCUCAAUACAGACAGCAGAUCCGCUCUGUGUUUUUGGGCUGCAAGGCAAAAAGAGCUGACAUAACAUCAAACACAACACAAAACACAUACACAAAUCCCAUCUAA